AUGGUUCACCUCAAGGCCCUUGCGGGUCUCUUAGCUGGAAUUUCCGGCAUGGUAAAUGCCUUCAACUAUGACCAACCCUACCGUGGCCAAUACCAUUUCUCACCUCAGGAGCACUGGAUGAAUGACCCUAAUGGUCUCUUGUAUCACAAUGGGGUAUACCAUAUGUUCUACCAGUAUAACCCCGGUGGGAUCCAAUGGGGUAACAUGUCCUGGGGUCAUGCCACUAGUAAGGAUUUGACCCACUGGGAAGAAAAGCCCAUCGCCCUUCUUGCCCGGGGAUUUGGCGGCGAGGUCACGGAGAUGUACUUCAGUGGAAGUGCAAUUGUCGAUGUGAACAACACCAGUGGCUUUGGGAAGGAUGGGAAGCCCCCCAUGAUCGCUAUGUAUACUUCCAGCUACCCUGUUGCGCAGACCCUUCCGAGUGGCAAGACCAUCCGGGAGAACCAGCAAGCCCAGUCUAUCGCCUACAGUGUUGAUGAUGGUCUAACCUGGACUACGUACGAUGCCGCCAACCCGGUUAUCUACAAUCCUCCAGCCCCAUACGAAGACCAGUACCAAAACUUCCGUGACCCCUUUAUUUUCUGGCACGAGGAGUCCCAUAAGUGGGUUGUCGUCACUUCUCUGGCCACAUUGUAUAAGCUUGUCAUCUACACUUCCGACAACCUUAAGGACUGGAAGCUGGCGAGUGAGUUCGGUCCUUACAACGCCCAAGGCGGAAUUUGGGAGUGCCCCGGCCUUUUCAAGUUACCUGUGGAUGGAGGGAAGUCCACGAAAUGGGUCAUUGUCAGCGGACUCAACCCCGGCGGGCCACCCGGUACAGUCGGCUCUGGAACCCAGUACUUCGUGGGUGAGUUUGACGGCACUACCUUCACCCCCGACACCGAUUCUGUAUAUCCUGGAAAUGCGACCGCCAACUGGAUGGACUGGGGUCCAGACUUCUAUGCUUCAGCUGGCUUUAAUGGCCUCUCUGCUGAUUCCUAUACUCACAUCGCGUGGAUGAACAACUGGCAAUAUGGCCCGAACAUUCCCACCAACCCAUGGAGAAGUGCAAUGUCUAUUCCUCGUCAUCUCUCACUUAAGACAAUCGGGAACAAGGCGACUCUGGUUCAGAAGCCCCAGGAAGCAUGGUCUUCUAUCGUCAGCAAGCACCCGACCUAUUCACACACCUACAGUUCUGUUCGCCAAGGCUCCAUUUAUGUGGGUGCCAAUAAAGAAACGAUCAAGAUCGACUUGAGCUUCUCUGCUACUUCGAAGGCUUCGCAGUUUGCCAUUGCUGUUCGAGCCUCCACCGACUCCACCGAGCAGACCCUGAUCGGUUAUGACUUCGUCAACAAACAAGUCUUCCUUGACCGCACCAAGUCUGGAGAUGUAUCCUUCGACAAGACUUUUGCGAGCCUAUACCGUGGACCGCUAGCAUCGGUUGUCAACGGCAGAGUAAAUCUGAGCAUUUUCGUGGAUCGAUCUAGUGUUGAAGUUUUCGGGGGCCAGGGAGAGACUACUCUCACAGCUCAAAUUUUCCCGAGCAGUGAGGCGAUUCAUACCCAUCUGAUAUCUACUGGAGGAGCCACUAAGAAUGUCAAACUCAGCAUCUACAAUGUCGCCUCGACUUGGGACUGA